UUCUCCAAAGUCUUAAACAUUAGAGAAACAUUAUGAUCCCAUCCAAUUUUAUUAAGCUUAUUUUCUUUCUUUUGUAACAAUUUUCUGAAAACAUUUGAUCGAAACGAUGGAAAAAGGUUUUUCAUUGGUGCCUAAAGAAGAAGAAGAAGAAAAUUUCAGAAAUGAGAAAUCUGCAGAUCAAACGAGUUAUUUAUCAACAGAGAUGACGAAGAAAGUUAGCUCCAUGGCUGCUCCAAUGGUGGCUGUGGCUGUUUCUCAAUACCUCCUUCAAGUUAUCUCCAUAGUAAUGGCCGGUCACUUGGACGAGAUCUCUCUCUCUGGCGUCGCCAUUGCCACUUCUCUUACCAAUGUCACUGGCUUCAGCCUCCUCUUUGGGUUGGCAGGUGCGUUAGAGACAUUGUGUGGUCAAGCUUUUGGAGCUGAGCAAUUUAGGAAAAUCAGUUCAUAUACAUACGGCUCAAUGCUAUGUCUUGUCUUGUUCUGUCUCCCAAUCUCUCUUCUUUGGGUUUUCAUGGACAAACUCUUGGAACUUUUCCACCAAGAUCCACUCAUCUCUCAGUUAGCUUGUAGAUACUCGAUAUGGCUCAUCCCGGCUUUAUUCGGAUACUCAAUUCUUCAAUCUUUGACUCGUUAUUUCCAGUCACAAGGACUGGUUCUUCCUCUCUUCUUGAGCUCUCUUGGAGCUCUCUGUUUUCACAUUCCCUUUUGCUGGCUUCUUGUCUAUAAACUGAGAUUUGGAAUCGUUGGCGCUGCUCUGUCCAUUGGUCUUUCCUAUUGGUUGAACGUAGGUUUGCUUUGGGUUUUCAUGCGAGACUCUUCUCUGCAUCGCGAAACCAAAAAUCUAAGAGCUCAAGAAAUCUUCUUGUGCAUGAAGCAGUUCAUUGCCCUAGCGAUUCCCUCUGCCAUGAUGACUUGCUUGGAAUGGUGGUCUUUUGACCUUCUUGUACUAAUGUCUGGACUCUUACCGAACUCAAAGCUCGAAACAUCCGUGCUAUCCAUUUGCCUAACAAUGUCGUCUCUGCAUUACGUUCUGGUGAAUGCUAUAGGAGCAUCUGCAAGCACGCAUGUCUCAAACGAGCUAGGAGCUGGAAAUCCAAAGGCAGCUCGAGCCGCGGCUACAUCUGCGGUUUUCCUCGGUGUUAUCGAUGCAACCAUAGUAAGUAUCACCCUCUACACCUACCGAGGAAAUUGGGCUUAUAUAUUCAGCAACGAAAGUGAAGUGGCUCAUUAUGCAACUCAAAUCACACCCAUUUUAUGCCUAUCCAUUGGUGUGGACAGCUUUCUAGCCGUGCUCUCAGGGGUUGCUAGAGGAACAGGAUGGCAACAUAUAGGAGCUUAUGCAAAUAUAGGUUCGUAUUAUCUGGCCGGGAUCCCGUUGGGUUCGUUCUUGUGUUUCGUUGUGAAAUUGAGAGGGAAGGGACUCUGGAUUGGUAUUUUAAUAGGCUCUACUCUACAAACAAUAGUCCUUGCGGUUGUCACUUUCUUCACAAGUUGGGAACAAGAGGCAGCGAAGGCAAGAGACAGAGUAAUCGAGGUGAGACCACAAGACAACCAAAAAUUGCAAAGCAUUUUACAAGAGGAUGUACAAGUUUUGCUAAAGGAUGUUUCAGAAAAUGUGUAAAAUCACUCAACAUAAUGAUAAC